AUGGACAAGUACACCAGCGAUAAGGCGCCGGCGAGCAAAGCCCGGUCGUGUGAUGAUAUCAUCGAGGAUUCCAUCGAAGAGAAAGCACUGCGCCCAAAGCCCUUCUCGGGAUCAUGGCUCAGAUCCAUCCUUUUGACCGUGGAGACAAGGGGCAUCCAGCGCGUGACCGAGGAGGAAAGGAAGCAGAAUACGAGCAAGGUUUGGAAUGCUUGCACCUUCUGGCUGAGUGCGAAUAUGGCGGUCGCGACUCUUAAUGUUGGCUCCGUUGGUGGUGCCAUGGGUUUGUCGUUUUGGGACUGCUUCGUCAUCAUCCUGGUCGUCAACCUCGUGAGUUGCAUGAUCCCGGCCUGGACCGCUGGCUUUGGGCUGACUGGGCUCCGUAUGACUUCCUUCUCACGAUAUUCCUUCGGAUACUGGGGCAAUCUCCUCGUCGUGAUCUUCUCAAUGGUCUCCACAACAGGCUGGAACGCAGUCAAUUCGAUCUCAGGCGCAUCUGUCCUCAACGCGCUUUCUGACGGUAAAUGCCCCACCUGGUUAGGAGUCGUGAUUAUCUGCACGACGGUCUGGGUUAUCUGUGCCCUUGGCAUUCACUGGAUUCACCAACUCGAUGCUUACCUCUGGAUCCCGCCGUUCGUGGUUUGGUGUGUCACCGCAGGCUGCGGUGCCUCGCAUUUCUCGGGAAAUGCAAUCAAAACUCCCUCUGGUGCCAACGGUGCAGCUUCUGCACUCUCCUUCGUCGCGGUCAUCUUCUCUUUCGCCGUCUCCUGGAUCAAUUGUGCUGCCGAUUAUAAUGUCAGAAUGCCAGUCAACACGUCUCGAGCACAGAUCUUCAUCGCAACCUAUGUGGGAAUCGCGGUUCCGACCAUUCUUGUGCAGAUCCUUGGUGCAGCGCUGUACACUGGCACAGCGGUCAACCCCGAAUGGAAACUUGCUUUCAAAGAGAGUGGGAUUGGUGGUCCCCUCAAGCUGGCCCUCGAGCCUGCUGGGGGUUUCGGAAAAUUCCUUCUGGUUCUUGCUGGUCUGAGUGCCAUUCCGAAUAACAUUCCCAACAACUAUUCUUUUGCCAUGCAUGCACAGAACUUUGGUCCAUGGGCCGCACGCAUUCCUCGGAUCGUCCUCGUGACAUUCGGGUUUGUUGUGGCCAUCAUCGUCGGCGCCUGUGCCGCCGAGUUUUUCGACGACACACUCCAGACGUUCUUGAGUAUCAUCGGGUACUGGACGAUCAUCCAUCUCGUCGUUGUUGCAGAGGAGCACAUCAUCUUCAGAUUUCGCCGCUGGAGCAACUAUGAUCUGGAAAGUUGGGACAAGCCAGCUCUGCUCCCUUUCGGUUGGGCGGCCAUUGGAGCAUUUGGAUUCGGUUUCCUGGGUGCCGCGCUUGGUAUGAAGACAGCCUGGUAUACGGCUCCGAUCGCCGCGUUAAUCGGAACAAAGGGCGCAAAUAUUGGGCAUGAGCUGACUUUUGCCUUUUCCGCACUGGCUUUCCCAGUCUUUCGGUAUAUGGAGAAGAGAUACAACGGCGGCAAGUAG